AUGAUAAGAAGACUCGUUUCAACGAUGGGAAGAUUCAACAAAAGGGGCGCAAAGAACAAGUUUGGCAACAGACCAAACAGCGGAUAUAGAGAUGACUGGAAACCGAUUGUUCGCGAGAACGAGAAGUUUGAGUCGUACUACAAGAACCAGGGCUUGAUUCCAGAAGAGGAAUGGGAGGACUUCAAAGCCACUUGCCAGAAGAACCUUCCUCUGACUUUCAGGAUCACCGGCUCCAAAAAACAUGCCGAGGAGAUUAAGUCUUUGUUCGUGAACGAGCACCUGCCUCUUUUGAGCUCAAUCAAGGUGGAAGGUAUGGAGUUUGAGGCUCCAAAGCCUUUCCCAUGGUACCCAAACGAGUUGGGUUUCCAGAUCGAUUUGCCCAAAGCUGUUGUCAGAAAAUACUCAGCUUUUGCAAAGACUCAGAGAUUUUUGGUUGUUGAGACCGAAGUGGGCAACAUUUCCAGACAAGAGGCCGUUUCGAUGAUUCCUCCUUUGGUGCUGGAUGUCGAACCUCACCAUGCGGUCUUGGAUCUUUGUGCCGCUCCUGGUUCCAAGACCAUUCAGCUAGUUGAGGCCCUUCAAUCUCAAGAUGACAUUCAACAACCUACCGGAUUUGUCAUGGCCAACGAUGCCGAUUACAAAAGGUCUCACAUGUUGGUCCACCAGGUCAAGAGAUUGAACUCUCCUAACUUCAUAGUGGUCAACCACGAUGCUCAGUUUUUUCCCAAAUUGAAGCUUUCGCCCGAUGCGAAGGAAUUUGUCAAGUUCGAUCGUAUCCUCUGUGAUGUCCCAUGUACCGGUGACGGUACCAUGAGAAAGAACAUCGAUGUCUGGGAUAAAUGGGGAACCGGUAAUGCCCUUGGUCUGCACCAGGUUCAACUGAAUAUUUUGAACCGUGGUCUUCAACUUCUGAAAAAGGGUGGUAGAUUGGUGUAUUCCACCUGUUCCAUGAACCCAAUCGAAAACGAGGCCAUUGUCGCUGCUGCCUUGAGAAAAUGGGGUGAUCAAAUCAGAACCGUCAACUGUGAUGAUAGACUUCCCGGUUUGGUGAGACGCCCCGGUGUCAGCCAGUGGACAGUCCUAGGAAAAGACAUGCAACCACGAGAGGUUGGUGCAGAGGAUGUUGCUGAAACCUGUUUCCCUCCAUCUGAAGAGGAGGCGGCCAAGUUUAAUCUGAGCAACUGUAUGAGGAUCUACCCUCAUUUGCAGAAUACUGGUGGAUUCUUCGUGACUGUAUUUGAGAAGCCUGCCGAGGCUGAAGAUUCAAAGAAGAGAGGUGCUGAAGAUGUGGAUGAUGAUGAAGAGGUUUCCAAGAAGCAAAAGACCACUGCUCCGCUCGCUCCUGAGACUUAUGUUGAGGAUAUUCCAAUGGAAACUGUUGAGAAAUCCACUCCAGUGGUUGAAGAGUCCAAGAAGAAGAAGGAGAAAUUGCCCCGAGAUGCCAAUGAAGAGCCCUUCGUCUUUCUACCACCAAGUCACAAGGAGCUCGUGAAAUGUUGGGACUUCUACGGAAUAGCUGACGAAUUUCCAAAGGAUUGUACUCUGGUGCGUAACGCAACUGGAGAGCCUCUCAGGACCAUCUACUUUGUCGCUCCAAUCAUCAAGAACAUCCUGGUCAACAACGAGUCGAAGCUCAAGGUUGUUUACUCUGGAACCAAGCUCUUUGUUUCACAAAAAACUGAUCACAACCAGGACGCGUGUCCUUGGAGAAUCCAGAACGAGAGUUUGAGCGUGAUCAAGAAGCACCUUUCUUCGAAGAGACAGUUUAGCUGUAACCAGGAGAUUUUCUUGGUAUUUUUGCAGGAAACUUUCCCCAACUUUAGCAUUCUUAAACAGAAGGACUUGGACAGCGAGUUCUUGGACAAAAUCAAGGACGUUAGCGAGGGCUGCUGCUUCAUCAAUGUCAUCAGAAACGAGAAUGACGAGAGUCUUUUCCUGCCAUUAUGGAGAGGAAAGAACAACUUGAACCUCAUGGUUUCCAAACAGGAGACAUUUGAGUAUCUGUACAGAAUCUACGGUAUUGAGACCACCAAAAAGGAUGCUGCCAAAGACAAGCCCAAGGUGACCGCUCCAUUGGCACAGUCUACGUUUGGGGAAGGUGAGGCUACCGUCGAGGAGACUGAAACCACUGAAACCACCGAGACACCAGCUGGAGAAAGUUCUGAGGCGACCAAUUAA